GGCUUGCCGCAACUCCUUCGAGAGAAUGCGGUCAUAACGCGCGCAGUCUCGCUAUUGAACGUACGUCCCUCACGAUUGGUUUCCGCGGAAAACCGGAACGCAUUCUAAACUUUUUGUUUCUUAAAAAGAAAAGCACUGAAAUGUAUACCAUCGCUGAGGCCACUCUGGCAUUCGUUGUUCUCUACCUUUUCUCGUUCCUCUUCGAAGUUGUUACUGGAUUAGUGGCGUAAAACCCAAAAAUGUUAUAAUAUUUCCAAAAAUGUGAUAUUUUAUUUAGUUUAUUAAUAGUUUUAAGGCAUAAAUUUAGUCAACACGUCAAUGCAAAUAUACAUAAUUUUAUUAUUUAUUAAAAAUUUAGUAACAUAAAGCCACCAAAUUACCAAGUUUUAAGUAUCUUCUCAUCAAUAAACGAUAUGGAUUACGUGUUUCCGAACAAAUAAUUAAAAAAAGUGUCUGUCAGUGUCAAUCAACUGUCAGUUAACAAAAUUGUCAAAAACAGCUGAUCACAGCAGCUGAUGAUGGGAUGGAUUGUUGUUUGUAUUUAGUGAAAAAAUUGAAUUAAAAAUGAGAUUUACGCGAGUGUGUCAUCGAAUAUACAGUAACAGAAACUUAGUGGUUUGCAAACGCAGUCAUUCAACUGCUGCAGAGAAACAAUGGCAAAGUGUUGUGGGGUUAGAAGUUCACGCGCAACUUAGUAGUGAAUCUAAACUCUUUUCUGGUGCUGAGAACACUUUUGGUGGGCUAGUGAACAAUUGUGUGUCGUUAUUUGACGCGGCUAUACCGGGAACAUUGCCUGUGUUGAACAGAAAAUGCGUGGAGUUAGGGUUGAUGACCGCGUUGGCUCUCUCAUGCAAGAUAAACGAAGUCUCUACAUUUGAUAGAAAACACUAUUUCUACGCCGACCUGCCCUCUGGUUAUCAGAUAACUCAGCAAAGAGCACCUUUGGCUAGCGAUGGCGUUAUAAAUUUUCAGGUAUUUACACCUGGAGUCCAUAAGAAGCCAUACAAGAAGAGUUCAAAGAUCAAGCAAAUUCAACUCGAGCAGGACAGCGGCAAGUCACUUCAUGACGUUGAGCUUAAACGCAGUCUCGUAGACCUGAACAGAGCUGGCGCACCGCUUAUUGAACUUGUAUUCGAGCCUGACUUGGAAGAUGGAGAAGAAGCGGCAGCGUUGGUCAAAGAGCUGGUGCUCAUCGUCCAGAGGCUUGGGGCUUGCUCGGGCCGCAUGGAGGAGGGCGCCUUGCGAGUCGACGCCAACGUGUCGCUGCGCAGGCCCGGGGCGCCACUGUCGACCAGGACCGAGAUAAAGAACAUCGGCUCGGUGCGUGGCGUGGCGGUCGCGAUCCGACACGAGAUCGAGCGCCAGCGCGGUAUAUUGGACGCGGGCGGGACGAUCGUGAACCAGACACGAGCGUGGGAUGCCGUCAACAAGGUCACCGUGGCUAUGCGGGACAAGGAAGUCGUUCAGGACUACAGAUUUAUGCCUGAGCCGAACCUCCCACCGCUCCGAGUGAACCUGCGGUCCAAAGAAGACACCCGUGACGUCAUCAGCGUGCCCCUCAUCCAAGACAGGAUCCCAGAACUACCCGAAGAGACCCGCAGGAGACUCACAGAGGACUUCCAACUCAGGCCAGAAACAACGGUUCAACUCGUCAAUGAGCCAGUGCUACUAGAAUAUUUUAAAGAACUUACAACAAAUGCUAGAAACCCCAACAAGGUCGCUAACCUUCUUCUAAACGACCUUUUAACUGUUCUAAACAAAAAUAAACUUGAUGUAGAAGACUGUCCUAUAACAAACAAACAAAUGAGCGAGCUAGUAGACCUGUUGUUCAACAAAGAAAUUAAUUUAGAUGUGUUUAGAAAAGUAUUAAACGCGCUUGUUGUUGACGCAGACAACGAUUUGUCGCCUUCAGAUUUGAUCAAAAAGGAAGGAUGGGCUUUAGUUACUGACACGGAGAAUAUAAGUAAACUAUGUAAAGAUAUUAUAGAAAACAAUCCAAAACUAGUGAAACAGUACAGAGAUGGGAAAACCAAAGUUUUCAAAGCAUUAUUAGGGAUGUUAGCAAAGAAUUCUCAGAACAAAAUUGACAUGGCGCAGGCUACAAAGAUAUUGGAAGAUUUACUUAAAAAGUGAUAUUUUAUAGUCUUUAUGGAUAAGAGAAAUAAAAGAUUAAAAAUUGUAAUUGUA